CUCCGUCUGUGGGGGCGCGAGCACGCCGCCGUCCUCGUCGUGGUGAGCGCAGCCACUCAGCCUGGUCCUGGGGGUGGGGCUGUAGGGGAAAGUGCUAAAGCCGCUGAGGUGCAGUGGCUCACGCCUGUAAUCCCAGCACUUUGGGAGGCCAAGGCUGGUGGAUCACCUGAGGUCGGGAGUUCAAGACCAGCCUGACCAACAUGGAGAAACCCCAUCUCUACUAGAAAUACAAAAUUAGCCAGGCAUGGUGGUGCAUGCCUGUAAUCCCAGCUACUCGGGAGGCUGAAGCAGGAGAAUCGCUUAAAUCCGGGAGGCAGAGGUUGCUGUGAGCCAAGAUCGCACCAUUUCCAGCCUGGGCAACAAGAGGGAAACUCCGUCUCAAAAAAAAAAAAAAAGAAAAAGAAAAAGGAAGAGAAAAGAAAAGAAAACAUAAGUUUCAGCCAGGCAUGUGAAGUAAGAACUCUGCUAGAGAGGAAAUGGCUGCUUCAUCAUCAUCCUCCUCAGCUGGUGGGGUCAGUGGAAGUUCUGUCACUGGAUCUGGUUUCAGUGUCUCAGACCUUGCCCCACCACGGAAAGCCCUUUUCACCUACCCCAAAGGAGCUGGAGAGAUGUUAGAAGAUGGCUCUGAGAGAUUCCUCUGCGAAUCUGUUUUUAGCUAUCAAGUGGCAUCCACGCUUAAACAGGUGAAACAUGAUCAGCAAGUUGCUCGGAUGGAAAAACUAGCUGGUUUGGUAGAAGAGCUGGAGGCUGACGAGUGGCGGUUUAAGCCCAUCGAGCAGCUGCUGGGAUUCACCCCCUCUUCAGGUUGAUACUGCCUGGAUGGUCACCUCUGGUGCGCAGCAAGUGCAAAGCCAGUGGGGGACUUUCUCACAGCUUACAUAGCCAUCCAGAGAUCCACAGCUACGUCGCUGAAUUGUUAAUGCACAUUUGUACUUGGUUUCUCUGUAUCUAUUCACAGGCAACAAAUACUUAUAUGUGUGAUCUUUCAGGGAAUAUUUUGUUUAUUUGUUUUUAAAAGUAUUGGGAAUCAGAUUAAGACAAUCGGUUUCAGAGAACCAGGAGGUUUGGGGUUAAGAGAUACUCAAAAAUUUUCACAAGCCAAGUAGGGCAUAUAUCAGAUUUGGCCAACUGAAUGGCGUCUGUCCUGUCAUCCAUAUGGUGCCUGGAAAUAUUUACCAGUCAAGGUCAAGGUCAGCAUCUGUGGUUAAAAAUAUAGCAUUCUGACCUAAAAAAGUUAUUUUGCAGAUGAAUGUGUUUUCAACUCAGGACCUAUCCAAAUGAGGAAUUUUUAAAUAUUCUUUUUUUUUUCCUAUUUUUAGACAUCAAUUCUAUAGAUUCUGACUUUUUCUAACCUCUUAUAGACAUGCCAAAUGCUGGCAAAAAGAAGUGCUUUUUGGAUAUGGCAGCACUUGUAAAAAUAAAGCAGUAAGCAAAAUCCUUUUAAACACAGAAAUCCUGAGUUCUUCUCAUUGGUGGACUCAAGCAAUUCUGUAGCAAAUAAAUCCUUUGAAAGAGCUCCAAA